CCGCUGCAUAUGUGUAACCAUUCGGCUUGCCCGGUUUUGCUAGUGUCUUCUCCGAAUGGCCUGACAACGUCAACAAUACCCCGCUCUUCUACACUAUAACCGUGGUAUUACAAUCAGGAAGCGAGGGUCCGGCUGCCCAGCAUCAGCGUCUGCAGUGGCUGUCCCAGACCUUGUUUCGUCAACAUGACCAUCCGUUCCUGCGUAUUGAAGCGGUGAGCGAUCAUGGGUACUUCAGCGAGAUGCCUACGACUGGAUACGGGCGGAUUCGCGAAGUCGUGAGUAUAAAAACCCCGACUCUUUCCCCGUCCCUUCUGACCUCUACAAUCAAUCACGGUCUCUUUCUUCCGCAUCUCUUGAGUAACUAUGCAAAUCUUUUAUCUUACGGUCGCAUUCAUCCUAGCGGCUACCGCCAUCGAAUCAGUCGCCGUUGAACGCUCUGAAAGCAAAUGUUGUCUCGCUCUCCUGAAGGACGACGUACUUUCUGGAAAGGUUUUGACUCCGUGCAAUGAGGAUUUUCAACAUCGCUUGGAGUCGUACUACUCCGCCAAUGCGGCUGAGCCACCUCGCUGCAUGGUGUUGCCUCAGACUGCUGAAGACGUCGCCAGGACCAUCCAGAUCAUAUCUGCUCGACGCUGUCACUUUGGAAUGAGAAGCGGGGCUCACUCGGCGUUCCGCGGCUCGAACGGGCUCAAGGAUGGCAUUACAGUCGAUUUUGGCUACAUGAACUCGACCGAAUAUGACCCGACCACCGGCAUCGCUUCCGUCCGCCCAGGCUCGAACUGGGGCGAUGUAUACUCCGCUCUGGAUCCGUUCGGUGUCACGGCUGUUGGAGGACGAGCUUCUGUCGUCGGGGUUGGGGGUUUUACCACGGGCGGUGGGUACUCUUUCCACAGUAACAGGAGAGGAUUCGCUUGCGACAAUGUUGUCAACUUCGAGGUUGUUCUCGCCAAUGGUACCAUUGUCAAUGCAAACGCGCACGAGAACGCUGGUCUCUGGAGAGCUCUCAAGGGGGGCUCGGGAAACUUUGGCUUCGUCACACGGGUUGAUGUCGAGGUCGUCCGUUCGACCCAGAUAUGGGGCGGGAUUACAACCUACGACCUGAGCAAGACAGGCGACGUGGUCAACGCUUACGUGAACUUUGUCAACACCAUGGAAGAAGACCCGGCCAGCCAGGCCAUCGUGACUCUGCUGUAUGGCCAGCAGGGGUUGAGCCUCGUCGCAGUAUUAACAAACAGUGACGCGAAAAGUUCCGCGCCCGCCUUCCGAGAAUUUACCAGCAUUGCCAACGUUUCAAGCACAGCUCGCGUCGGAUCUGUCGCAGAGAUGGUUCCUGAGUUCACCGGACCAACUCCCCUAGGACUCUACGCCAAUUGGAGGACCGGCAUGACCUCACACGGCGCCCCUAUUAUGGACUUUAUUCUUCGUACCGUGACCGAAUACACGAAGAGAAUGCAGCUCGCAGCUCCAGCCUCCAACUUUGAGCUUCUCACUCAAUUCCAGCCCGUGACCAAGUCGAUGGUGGCCCAUGGCGACGAACGAGGUGGCAACAUCCUCGGCCUCGGGAGGGUAGUUGCAGACGGUCCGGCUCUCAUGUGGCUCCUAGCACUCACGGUGGAUACCGCGGAGAACCAGGAGCUGAUCUUGCCUCUCUUACUCGAACUAGAGCGUGUCAUCAACAAGUAUGCUGAUAAGGAGGGACUUCAAGAAGACUGGGAGUUCCUAAACUACAGCGGCCUUGAUCAGACGCCAAUGCUGCAUUAUGGCGAGGAAACAGUCCACUUCAUAAGGAACAUUUCGUUGGAAUACGAUCCCAACAGAGUUUUCCAGAACCUUCGGAGGACGGGCUUUCGGAUCCCUGUUUGAGUCCUACACACAGUGGACAGGCCUGGCGUGGAGAAAGCAAGAGCGGCCGUGACGUUUCAAAGUAUAGAUAUUCCAAGAUGCAGGCUAUUGCCUGCCUGGCUUUCACUGAUAUUUGGAUAACGUGAUUACUUUAGAUAAUAGACGCGUAGAAUAGAUACCUGCC